AUGUCAACUCCUCAAUCUCUUCCAAUAACAAUGGAGUCAAAAAAUGAUACAAGGAUCAACAAGAUCUGCCAAGAUCACACACACUUGAUAGAAACACUCCCAAAAGGGAAUGGAUGGAUGGUAGAACACCUAUACAACUACAAUGGUGUCUGGUUGAACUCUUACAUUCUCAAAAACUUCUUGCUUCUCAACGAGUACUUCAAAUCUCAACCGUCUGAUAUCUUCUUAGCAUCAUUCAUGAAGUCUGGCACAACCUGGCUCAAAGCACUCAUGUUCUCCACACUUAACCGCGAUCAAUACACUUUUUCCAACCAUCAUUUGCUUAAAAACAGUCCACAAAGCACCUUCCCCUACCUCGAUAGCGAAUGCUAUCCAGUUACUGAUUUCACCAACGUCCGUCAACCUCGACUCUUUCACACUCACUACCCUCACAGACUUUUAGAAUCAUUUACCGUGUCGUGCAAGAUUGUAUACGUGUGCAGAGAUCCAAAAGAUGUAUUAAUUUCAUUGUGGCAUUUUGCAUGCAAAAUAAGAUCAAAAGAUCUGAAUCCUAUCACAUUAGAUGAAGCUUUUGAGCUAUUCAGUCAAGGGGUGACAGAUUAUGGACCUUUCUGGGAUCAUGUUUUGUCAUAUUGGAGAGCAAGUUUCGGGUCCCCAGAUAUGAUUCUGUUCUUGAAGUAUGAGGAGUUGAAAAAGCAGCCAGUAAUGGAACUAAGAAAGUUAGCUGCGUUUAUGGGAAAGCCGUUCACAGUGGAUGAAGAAGAGAAAGGGGUGGUUCAAAAGAUUGUGGAUUUAUGUAGCUUUGAUAACUUGAGUGGCCUGGAGGUAAACAAGAGUGGUGUGGAUAUACUGGGUAAGCUAGUUGAAGUGGAAAAGAAAGAUUUCUUCAGGAAAGGCGAGAUUGGAGAUUGGAAAAACUACUUGGACGAGAAGAUGGCAGAGUGUAUUGAUCGAAUUACUGAGGAGAAGUUGAGGGAUUCCGGUUUGAUCCUCGGUGAGUUUGAGAGUAUCGGCACUUCUCGUGUUGAUUAACUUCCAGAUUAAAGACUAUCCAUAGAUCUAGCCUCUAUGGGGAUUAGGUACUACUAUUGCUGUUGUGAUUGUUGUCUAACAUCUGUUUCUAUCGUUGGAACUAAAUUACUAAAAUAUUCAA